GAGAGCUCCGUAGAUCGCCUCUGCCCUUAGGUUUCCGUCCGUCUGCAUGGCGGGGAUAAUCCAGUGUGUUGUAAAAGCACGCCACGUUUUAAGCUGCGCCGUGCGGAGGUCAGUUGCAGCAGACCAUCGGUGGACCCACUCUGUGAGAGGAAGAGUAGCAGCCGGCUCACACUCCACUUCCUCUUUUUCACACUCCGCUCCAGGGUCCAUGAUGAGUAAGAAGCUGCUGGUGGAUGUAGAUUGUGGAGUGGACGACGCUCAGGCCAUCAUGUUAGCGCUGGCCGCCCCAAACGUGGAGCUCCUUGGCAUCACGUGUGUGCAUGGAAACACCACAGUGGAGAAUGUGUGUAAGAACACACUUCGCGUUCUGCAAGCCUGCAAUAAACUUGAGAUUCCAGUGUUUAAAGGUGCAGCUAAGCCAAUCCUUGGGAACAGCCUCAGUGCGGGACAUUUCCACGGGCAGGAUGGGUUGGGUGACGCUCCAGACCCCAACGCACCUGGUCUGGACCUGGUUCAGAAGGAGGGUGCUGUGGCCGCUAUGAUCAGGAUUGUCAAUGACAAUCCAGGAGAGGUGUCUCUGGUUGCCACGGCACCCCUCACUAACCUGGCUCUGGCUGUAAGAAUGGAUCCAUCUCUACCGAGCAAACUCCGAGGGCUCUACAUCAUGGGAGGCAACACUGAAUCUCGAGGAAACACUACAGUGUGUGGUGAGUUCAAUUUUGCUGCUGAUCCAGAAGCUGCGUACAUUGUCCUGAACGACUACCGGUGUCCGACCUACUUGGCCUGCUGGGAGUUUACCUGCUACAGCAAGCUGUCCUGGGAGUUUUGCGACACCUGGUUGGCGCAGGACACCGAUAAAGCUCGCUUCAUGGCCCAGAUCUUCAAACACAGCAUCGAGGUUUCACAAAGCGAACGCUUCCAGAAAGAGUUUGUCGCCGGCACGGGUUUUAUUUCCUGCGACUCGUACGCCAUGGCAGCCGCCGUAGACGAUUCAUUCAUCACAGAAAGCGGCCAUUACCCAGUUAGCGUGGAGCUGACGGGCACGCACACCCGAGGCAUGAUGAUAGUAGAUACUGUGGGCUUCCUGAAAGAUGCUCAAAAGGCUUUUAUCAUGAAGAAGGUGGAUAUGGAGAAGUUCAAGCAAAUGAUGAUGGCUGCUUUGAAAUAAAAGCUCUGCCCACACUAAGCAUGUUACAGUUUCCACCCACACAUUUUGGCCCAGUUUUCUGUUGAGUUGUAGAAGAUGCUUAUGUCCUAUUACUCACAAUGAGUAAUUUUUCUAUUUGUGUGUUUAGUAAUAAACUGUAUAUAAAACUGUAACUGACUGCAAACUGUCACUUUGCCUAGAGCAGAAAAGUCCAGAAAUAAAGAAUAAUUCUUUAUGAUGUAAUAUGAAUAUACCUCAAUUGUAUGAUUUGAGGUAUAUUCAUAUUCAUAAAAACUGAUUUUAAAUGUUAAACUUGAAAUCAUAUCUUUCAGUCAGACGUGUUUCUGAUGACAGCGCCUCAUUAAAAUGUUGAUAGAAUCU